UGGGGCCAUGUCACAUGCCCGUCACCCCCUACCCACCCCCCCCCAGUGCAGGGCACUGCCACCAGCUCGGCUCCCCUUCUUGUCCCAAAAACUGGGGGGACAAAGAAGGGGACGGUUCCUGACCCCACCGACUUCCCCACGGCCCCAUGCAGUGAUGGAGCUGAGGCCCCGGCGCCGCAGGCUGCCACAACCCCCCCCAGCUGGCUCCUUCAGUCCCACAGCCCCGCUCAGGGUGCUGGCAGGGCCCCCCCAGGUGCCGUCCCCCCCAAAAAAGAAGCGGCAUGUUCCCGAGGAGGAAGUGUGCAGGCUGUGCCAGCGGGCAGAUGGCGACCCCGAGGUCUUUGGGCAGACGUGCCAGCAGGAUGGGCUCUGCAUCCACGAGAACUGCCUGUACCACGCCAGCGGGCUGAGCCAGCGAGGGGCUGAUGGAGAGGGUUUCUAUGGCUUCCUCCUCCCCGACAUCCACCAGGAGCUGCAGCGGGUGGCACAGAAGAUGUGCUGCAUCUGCCGGCAGCGGGGCGCCUCGGUCACCUGCCAGGCUCGGAGAUGUCCCCGAAUCUUCCACUUCCCCUGCGGCAUCGAGCGGGGCUGCGUCUCCCAGUUUUUCGGGGAGUUCAAGUCCUUUUGCUGGCAGCACCGGCCAGCACAGCGGCUGCGAGCGCUGCAGCAGGGCCACAGCCCGUGUGUCAUCUGCCUGGAGGCGGUAGCGAGGCGGCCCCGCUACGACACCCUGGUCUGUCCCGCCUGCACCAGCGCCUGGUUCCACCGCCGCUGCAUCCAGGGCCAGGCGCUGAGCUCGGCCCUGCACCAUUUCCGCUGCCCGCUCUGCCAGGACAUGCAGACCUUCCAGGAGGAGAUGUUUCGCCUGGGCAUCAAAAUCCCCGACAGGGACGCUGCCUGGGAGGAGAACGGGGCUUUCGAGGAGCAUUACCAGCGGCACAGCUCCUGCGACGCCAGCCAGUGCCUGUGCCCAGUGGGACGGGAGCAGUCAGAGGACACGGGGCCCUGGAGGUUGCUGCUCUGCAGCUCCUGUGGCUCCUGCGGGACCCAUCAGCGCUGCUCUGACAUCAGGGAGGACACCAGCUCCUGGGAAUGCAGCGACUGCGCCGACACAUGCACCACCCCCUCAGUGUCACCUGGAGCAGCCAACCCAGACCCCACAGCCCCAGCGCAGGGACCCUCGUGCAGCACCCCGGCUCCUGGGAGUUCAGGUCUGGAACACGAGGCUGGGAUGCUGCAAGGACACCCCGGCACCCAGCUGCUCUCCCAGCCCACAGAAAGCCCCUCGGUCACCUCCCAGCCACUGACCAACAACCCUGGAGGAUGUCCCUAAUAAAAGGGUGAAACAUCACAGGUGGGUUUGCUGAUGUGCCUGAGCACUGCAGUGCAGAGCAGCCACAGUGUCCCCAACCCUCCUGUCUGUACUGCUGGUACUGCUGGGGCUGUUUCCCAGUACAGGAACUGGUGUCGGGACCGCAAGACACAAUUCCAACAUCACCCAGUGGGGAUGUGCUGAGGUCAGGGGUUGCUCUGCAGGAGCUGAGCCCCACCAGGGGAGGGCGAAGUGCCAUGGGAGGGAGUUCAGAGACAAACAAAGGGUUUU